AUCAAAAAAAUCCCCAAAAAAAAUAUAAAUUCAACAACACUCCAUCCAAAAAGUUAAAACCUUUCUUAAACCCUUGAAAUCUUUACACAAAAAUGCGUUCAUCCAUGACAAUUACAAGCCCUAACUUCCCAUCUUUACCCCAAUUUCACCAACCAAACACCCACAAACCACCACCAACGAUAACCACCCUUCAAAACCCCAGAAAAACCCAUCAAAAAUGUUUAAAGAAUUCAGGGUUUUUGUCUGCAAUUGGGAACGCAAUAGAAGAACAAGAGUAUAGGAAAGCUAGGGCUGAAGUUGUGAGAAAAGGAACAGGGUUAGAGGGGUAUAAUAUUGAGGGUCUUUCUAUUGGUGGUAAUGAGACUUGUGUUAUUGUUCCUGAGUUUAAGUGUGCUUUUGAUAUUGGAAGGUGUCCACCCAGAGCUGUUGGGAUGAAUUUCUUGUGUAUUACUCAUGCCCAUCUUGAUCACAUUGGUGGGCUACCGAUGUAUGUUGCAAGUCGCGGUUUAUACAACAUGAGUCCUCCAACCGUAUUUGUACCUCCGUCCAUUAAAGAAGAUGUCGAAAAUUUGAUUGAGCUUCACAGGAAGAUGGGUGACGUGGAAUUAAAUCUUGAUUUGGUUGCGUUGGAUGUAGGAGAAACAUACGAGCUACGAAACGAUCUUGUUGUACGCCCAUUUAAAACUUAUCACGUAAUACCAAGUCAGGGUUAUGUGAUUUACUCGGUUCGCAAGAAAUUGAAAAAGCAGUACAUUCACUUAAAAGGAAGGGAGAUUGAGAAAAAGAAGAAAUCUGGUGUUGAGAUAACAGAUACCAUAUUGUCCCCGGAGGUAGCAUUCACUGGUGAUACGAGUUCUGAGUUUCUACUUGAUCCACGAAGCUCCGAUGCAUUGCGAGCCAAAGUUCUUAUAACCGAGGCUACUUUUUUGGAUGAUCAAUGCAACGUUGAGCACGCGCGUGAACAUGGUCACAUGCAUAUUGACGAGAUUAUCGAACAUUCUAAGUGGAUUAGGAACAAGGCGAUUCUUUUGACUCAUUUCUCGGCACGCUACCAUAUCGAGGAAAUUCGUCAAGCGGUGACAAAGUUGCAGGCAAAAGUUCAAGGUCAAGCCAAAGUGGUCCCACUUACAGAAGGUUUUAGAUCAAUGUACACACCAUAAACACAUAAUUUAACUUCAAAUUUUGUGCAUAUUUAGAAUUCUGAGAUUCAAGUAAUGAAGCCAUUGUAUCAAUUCAAAAAUCAGCAUCCUUGAAAAAAAAAAAGAAAAGAAAUCAAAGA